UCCACCGUCUAAUAAAUCGUGAUAAGUAACUUUUAGAUCUCCGGCUGAUGAAAUUUAUAAAAAACUGUGUUUACUUUGAAAUAAAUGUUUGUCUCCCAACAACAAAGCUUUAAAAUCCCAUUUUCCGUAAUGUCCUCAGUUUUUUAAAAAUACUAUUGAAUAAUAAAAAAAAAUAAUUAAAGGCUGUAUCAUUUCUUGGCAUAAACGUAAUUAGAGCCAAUAGGUACAUUAUAAAAAAAUGGUUGAUACAAAAGACGAAAAUGCUUAUUCGGAUGAUUAUCUUCCUAUACCAAUCCAAAUAUUUUUGUGGAAACAAACUAGCCCCUUCGUAAAACCCAAACUUGGUAAACUGCAUGAGGCUUCAUGUAUGGAACUAAAGAAAGCUUGUAAGCUUUUCGAAAAAAUCAUUGUUCAAAAUAUAUUAUCCGGAUUAGAACCGAAUUUAAACUUAUCGUUAAAAGCUCUACCCAGAUGGAAACUCAUAAAGGCUGCACUACCUCAUGUAAUGCAUUCUACAGCUGCUAUGCUUCAUAACAGAAUGAAAGAUGGAAAUAUUCAAACCUUAGGAGCUGUAGAAACUAAACUCCUUUAUACUUUACACUGGAUAAUAUUGGAUGCUGUUGAGGAAUGUGCAGAUGCUGAUUAUGAAAAGGGAAUAUAUUACGCAUCCCCAUUUUAUUACCUUUUCUCUAUACCUACGAUAACGCUCUUCAUCUACUUAUUUGCUCCUAUUUGUAAUAAUUUAAAAGAGUCAGACUUCCAAACGUUUAGAUUAGAAAAUGGCCUUAAAAUUUGGCAAGGCCUUUGGGAGUACAGACAUCCCGACGUUCCUUGUUUUACAGCACAGUGCAAACCAAAAUUGAAGGGAUUUAUGGGAAGGAGCACUAGGAGACCCUACACACAUGGCGACGUGUUUUUGGGGAAAAAACCCAAUGCUGCAAAGCAAGAUGCUCAAGUUCCUUCCGCUUGUCAUCAGACCAGUGAUGAUACCCGAGGUCACGAGAGCCCCCCCAGUCGAGUAUUUAGCCAGUCGUCUUCAGAUCUUCAAAGUAUCACUUGUUCUUCUACAUCUGUUACCAGUGGAAAUACAGUUACUGUUACAGCGACAAUCACUACUAAACCUUUGGAUGACGAUGUUGGCUGGGUAUCUUCCCCGAAAGAUACCGUAUUUCCAGAAACAAUUCCCGAAGAAAGUUCUAGUACAGAGGAAGAACAUGUAGUUAUUUUUCGACUACCUUCAUUGCAUGAAUCGGACAGCUUCUUGAGAGACCCUCUUGUCUACACAGCAGAAACGAGCUUGUUUCAAUUAACGAUGACCAAAAAUGGUACGGGUAAGGGUGGAAUUAAAGUUGAACAGGUCACUGCUGUGUCUGCAUCUGACGUCAAACAAGUUAAACCGGCACAGUCUGUUCAAAAAAUCAGUUCGAUUGAUCGAGAUUCACUGGCGAGUAGUAAACCAUCUGCAGAUGGUGGUCCGGAGCAUCAUAGUUCCGGAUCCCACAAGAGUCUUUCCUACCGUUUAAUGGAUUUAUCAACGGCUACCUUCCUAGAUGUAGCAGUAUUAAGGUGCCUCUUUAUUGCAAAUUGGCAUGAAGAAGGAAUCUACUGGGCUCUACACUUUACCUACAACAGAUUAAGGGAUAUUCACGAAGAGCAUAUAAAUCAACAACAACCGCGAAGACGUAGCAAUUCAUUGCCGAUACCGAAGAUCGAAGUCUCUUUUUAUCAAAGUCCAGAACCCAAAAGAUGUGAUUCAAGUUUGGAAGUGCCAGAAAUAAAAGAUUUGUCACAUUUGACCGAAUCUCCAUAUUAUAAAGAACAAUCCGAUGAGAAACUUCCCGUCAGAACGUCAAGCGAAAAAGUCAAAAAGAAAACUAAAAUGACGGAUUUGCGUACAUUUGUGGAAACUAAGAUCUUAUCAAAGUCAGAAAAAGCUCUUGAAAAGAUUGGCCAAGAAGAGCCCAAAUCUCUUGGUGAACGAGUUGUGAGUUCAACACAAAUAGCUGAUGAAUACCAUCACAGUUUAGACACCACAAAUGGAAGGUUGGGAGAAUACACAGGACUAUCGACAAGUAAUCUGGUGAAAGGAAAGAGCAUGCCUAGCCUAAGCUGUUUAAUAGAUGAAUUAGCCGCUGGUGGAUAUAUAGGUGAAAUACACUGGGAAAGAAAAAGAUUUUAUAAACAGGAUGCUUCUGCAAAACGUGGUAUCAACCCUAUCAUAACGGUUACGGAGCACACUCCCGAAUCUUCUCCUGACUUCCUCAAACGGCAGGGAUCCAUCGAUAGUCACUUAGAUGCCCUUAGUUUGGGUACGGCCACGAAACAAGAAGCAGGACAUGAAAGAAAAUCAAGUCUUUCAAGAUCCCAGACCGACUCCAACAUUUCAUAUAUAACGGAAGAAAUCAUUGAAGCACCAGGUUCUUCAAAUUACAUUACUAACGACGGUUGCAUAGACAUACAGGUUGUAUUAAAGGCUAUCCAUGCAAUAAUGGUCAAAGAUGGCCAGAACUGUUCCCUCAGGGUUUUAGAAGUAUCCUUGAAUUUAGUGGAGUUACUUCUUGAAAUGGGUGUUCUUAAACAGUGUUUGAGAGAUGAGGCUUUGGCAGAACAAAAUUAUUCAAGCCGCGAUUCACUUCCUCGACAGUGCGAUAAGAAGUCAAAUGAAUUUACUUCUGAUGCAGAAAAAUUAGAGAAGCAGUGUACAACUCACAAAAUUACAAUGAACAUUGUGGUCAGAGUCCUAAAACAUCUGGGAUGCCCUCAUGGGUGCGCUGAUGGACAAAGAGGUCCAGCAGCUGAAUUUUUGCGAACCCAAUGCCAGAAUUUGCUUUCUAAACUUCAAAGAGCGAGCAACAAGCAGUUCACUAAAUUUUUGAAAGAUUAUGUAAAUUACCAACAUAUGAAUGAUGUUUUGGAUCUGUUUCAUUCUUACCUUAGUUUUUGUAUUGAUCCAAGUUCCUUGCUUUCUCCAUCAAACCAGAAGCGGGGCUCUAACAGGUCUUCAGAUAUAGUUCCGCAAGGUUAUUCUACCAACUUUGACGCAGGCCUUGGAGGUGGUGGUACUAGAGGGGUCGAGAGCAAGGUAGUGGCGAGCAUAUUUAAAGUGCUUAUCACUCGGUUGGCUGUAACUUCUAAAGAACUGAAGGCACCAGAGAACCUGUCUCAAUUCUGUGAAAUUCGUCAAUUAAUAACAUAUAUUAAAGAAGCACAUGGAAAUACGUUCAAAAGAGUUAUGCUAAGCGCUUUGCUUGACACUGCGGAUCGUCCCAAUAAGAAACAAGGAGAAAUGCAAACUACUAGAGUUGUUAGACACAUACAUCAAACGGAAAUGGCAGAAACGGAACAGUCGGAAGGAGGAGGGGAGGGCACAUACAGUGUGGAUGAUAGAGGUGCAAGAAAACAAUUAUUCAAAAAAAGAAGUACUUCAUCAACAUGUGCUAGUCUUCUAGAGACUGAAGGAGAGGAUACAUCUAAAAUAAGUCAAAGUCCUUUAAGUAAUGUUCGUAAGAAACAUUAUAUACUUACUCCUAGACAAAGUGAAAAAGCGUUGACUAUUACUGAAGAAUCAACAUCAAACUCUAAGACAAAAUCCAAACUAAGUAGUUUAGUUAAUUGGUUUAAACGUGAAGUGGAUUCAGGAGAUAAUCAAGAUCACGAUAGUAGUGAAUCUGCUACAGAUUUAUCAAACAUAAUCAAGCAGUCUGUGAAAACAUCUACACAAAAGUCAACAUUUAAAAAGAAAUAUGUUGGGAAAAAAUUGCAAAAAGCUAAACGUAGGAUGGAAGAUAGAAUUACAAAAUUGGUUUUCAAAAAGGGAAAGAAGAAAAAUGGUAAUUCAGAAGAAACACCUGGUGGUUACCUCAGCCGACGAAAUUCUCUCGAAAUGGGCGACACUUCAAGAGAAUCAGAGUUUGUUGUUUUGAAAGAAAGAAAAUUAGUUUCUACGCAACCAAUUUUAUUGGGAAUGAAUAGAUUUUCGUUUCUACUUGAAGUAUGUCCUCCGGGAUCCGUCCCAGAUGCUCAUUUAUUGGCUGCUAUAUUAGAUUUGCCUCAUUCAGCCGUGGUAUCUAGAGCAGCGUUACUUUUGGAAUGUGCUUACUUCGUACAUAACUGUAAUAAAGGUUUAUGGCCCACUUGGAUGAAACUAACGUUUCCGAUAUAUCGACCAUCAGGACCAUUACAUGCAAGAGGUCCAAAUUCCGGUUUACGAAGGUCACAUCUCCUACAAAGAAUGGCAGGAAAAAUGUUUCAGCAAUGGGCAGAGCUACUAGGAACACGUCUGGAGGAAAUGAUUAAAGAAGACAAACAACGUGAAAACUAUAUUCAAUCUCUGGUUUCGGAUGAAAGUAAACAAAAAGAAAUGCUAAUUCAAGACGAAGAAGAGGACUUUUUGGAUGAAGCAAGCAUCAAUUUGUACGGAUCAAGUUCACCAAUGGCUUUACGAUUCGUGGCUUGUAUUCUGUUGUACGAAAUAACAACAUUCCUUCGAGAAACGUAUCAGACAUUGCCUAAAUCUUCACGUAUUUACGGAAAAGAGAAACCUCAUCCUUGGGACAAGCAUUAUAAUAAGGAAGCCAAUCGACGAUGGAGCAUGGCACUUUCUUCAAUGGGUCAUUCGCAGACCUCAGCUCAAAGUCUUCAAUCCAUUGCUGGAGAAAGAGAUAGUCAAACGGAAAGAAAAAUAAGCUUCGUACUUCACGAACCUGAUAACGGUUCGGAGGGUAGUAGCGGCGCUGCCGUAACAGUUCAGGGAGAAGACGGUAAACGCGUCUUGCAACAAUCAAGACCCCAUUUACUACGACGCAGUACUGCAGCAGCAACUGGCGGCUCUUUCAAAAGAAGGAGCCUGAAGCUACGUCGAGGAACUAAAGAUGGAAAAGACGUAGAAGCUGAAUGGAAACCACCAGAGGUAGUAAAACGAACUGAUUCCAUUCAGUCAAAGAGGAAGGUAAGUUCGCUAUCUGACCGAAGUGAUAAUUCUGAACCUGGAAGAGAUCCUGAAGGAAGUGGAGAAGACUCACCAGGCGGCAUGAGUGAUGAGCAGCCUCCAGAAAGUCCUACCGAUAGUAAUGAUGCCGAUGAUACUGCAAGGAAUAUGCCUUGGUUGAAAGUGAUGGUUCAGGUUUCUCAUUCGUGUUAUUACUAUUGCACUCAUCAGAAUUUUUGUCAUCCAUAUUGUUACAGAAGGGUAAUGAGAGCUACUUCGAGACUUAUAAAGGCAGUUCGAAAGGUUUACGGAGAUGAAUUCGGUAUUUUGGAAGACAAAUUCGAUAAAAAUUUCGACAUUAAGGCCAGAAAGAAGAAAAAGGAUAAAGGUCAAAAUCGAAAGGUGUCUGACCAAACAAGUUCUCAGGUUUCUCCAAUACGAAGGAAGGACAGUAUGGCGAGCAAGGACAAAAAAAGCAGUUCAAAAAAUUCGUCAAAAGAUCUUUUAAAUUCCGAAACUGAUAAGGAGCGUAAAAAGUCAGAACUUGAUAAAAGUAAAGAACAACCGCCCAUUUUGAAGUACAUCAAAGCGAUGGUAAAAGAUGGAUUCCAAGCUCCUCUCUCAACUUUACUCAAAGGAGCGGUAAUAAUGCAAGAGGAACAUUUCUUAGAUAUUAUGCCCGUGGCCUGGGAACUGCUUUUGGAAUGGAAUCAAGAAGUGGCUGCAGCUGCGGCUUCUCUGUUUAUUCUGUGCUCCGUUAAAGUUCCUCAGCAAGUCUGUGAACUUAUGCAAUAUAAUUUAACUCAUUCUGAAACUCAAAUUCGAAUAAAUUCAGUCUUAAGGUUCCAAAUACUUUGGAAAAUGAGAUAUCAAGUAUGGCCACGAAUGGAAGAAAAUGCUCAAGCACUCUUCAAAGUUCCACCUCCUGGAAUAGAGUUUACUUUACCCUCCCCAAAAAUAGGAAUAGAAAGCUUAGACGUAGUAGAUUCUCCUUGGGAAUUAUGUGUAAAAACAAAAGUUGAAGAAGUUACCAUUAAUCAAGAAAGACAUAGAUCUUUAGUUACUGCUACAAAAACGCGUAAGAAGCAACAAACUGAACUAAUCAAAAAAGCCUUACAAGCCCAAGAUGAUAAAAAACGAGAAGAGAGGGAGAAUUUCUUAAUAACAACGAUUCCCAUUACCAUUCAGGCAGCACGGGAACCAAGUAUUUAUCACACAGGAGAAGAGCAUGAUGAUGCUUUAGGGGAAGAUGAACAAGCAGAAGGACAAACAAGAAAUGCUGGACAUCACUUACACUCUGCGCAUUCCCUGUUUCCUUCGUCAUUAUGUUCAGCGGUUGUGUUGAUAAUUAAUCUUUUAGAUGAUGCUGCAGUAUCAGCCGAUGGUACUGCUGUUUAUGAAGUCACUUAUCAGGUCAUUUGGUGUUGCCUAGUAGAAGAUUGUGCAUUAUUUCUUCGUUACGUUCUCGAAAAACUAACCAGAGAAAAACAGGACCAAAUGUUCAAAAUUCUCCGACAUUUGAUUAGAUUUAUUCCAAAAUUACCACAGCAAGCCGCUUUCGCAUUGUAUAAUUACAUAAUCGGUUAUGUGAUGUUCUACGUUAGAACUCCUCACGAAGAAGGUCAAAGGUUAAUCGGGACGGCUUUAUCAUUACUUUGGAUGGUGGUCCAUAGUGUGCAUGGAAUAAUGUUCAAAGAUUUAAAGCAAAUUUUACGAAAGGAGCAAUGCGAUGCAUCAAUUCUUCUAACUGCCAACGUCCCUUCUGCCAAAAAGAUUAUAGUUCAUGGACCUCAAGAUCCUGACGCUGGAGGCAUUCCUUCUCAGUUUCCAGUACAGGAAGAUACACAAUUUUGCCAGAUAUUGAGGGAGUCUUUGGAUUUCUUUGGCGUUGACGAAGCACGUCAUAACGAAUUCUUUUUAGUUGAUUAUAAAACUCAUCAUAUUCGAAAUUCCAGUGCGUAUGUUCGAGAUUUCUAUUUUUUCAAAAGAUCUCAAUAUCCUCAGCUAGAAUUAGUUCAUAUGCAACCCGAAAACGCAUUUAAUGCCUUACAAAAGCAAGAGCUAGUUCACAAGUUCGUAGAAAUCGGAAAGGUUUUAUUAACCUGGGCUAUACUCAAAAACGUGGAUAUGGUCGUUCAAAGGGUCGUUUUCUUGCAUGAAGAGUUAAUGAAAUUACCAUCCUUUCCUAGAAAGGCUUUGGAGUCGGACUUAGAAUUAUAUAAGGGAGGUGAAAUUGGGAAGCAACUUUUGGGUUUGGAUGUUCUCCAUAAGUUCAUGUGGGUUCGCUUAAUUGCUAGAAUGUUUGAAGCAAUGGCUGGAAAUUUUGCUUAUUCAGGAGACAUUCAACUAUUUUUAAAUGUUCUAAAUGGAGCACUAAUUUUACAUUCGGAAGAUUCUUGUAUUUUACGCUAUGUAACAGCCACCUACAUAAAUGCUGCGUUUCAUUUCAAGAACAUCUUUUCUACCAACGGAUAUCUGUUAAUAAUGCCUACGUUAUUGAAAAUUUAUUCAAACCAUCAAACGAACAAAUUAAUCAAAACAACCGUAGAAUACGCUGUGAAACAAUUCUAUUUGAUGAAUAGAAAACCCUUUAUCUUGCAAAUGUUUGGAUCUGUGUCAGCGAUGCUGGAUACGGAUGAAGAUGGAACUUAUGGAGAUGCUCAAAAAAUCCAGUCCAGUUGUUUGUUUAACUUGCUGCUUAGUUUAGAAACUCCAUCGCCUGACCCCCUUAAUAUAGCCGAAUUGGUGAAGGAAGAAAAGCCACUGAAAGCAAUUGAUUUUUGUUAUCAUGACGAAAACGAAAUGGUUACAAUUUUGGAUUGUAUCUCACUGUGCGUUACUGUAGUUUCUUAUGCUUCUGAAAGUGUUAGAGGAUAUCAGAUGCUGAUCAUUUUAGAGGCUGUUCUUCCGUGUUACAUGGAACAUAUUCAAUUACCCACAUACGAUAAAGGUGGUAAAACCGAAAGAGAAAUUAUUCUCCAACUCGCUUGCGCUAUCAGAACUUUAGUUAACAAUUGUGAAGCUCUUACAAAAAGUUACAAUGGUCCUUAUCGUUCAAGUCCAGAGCACAAGAGUUCCAGCCAAAAGAAUUACAGUCGCGGACCGUACUCUCCAGGAUUUGACUUCGAGGACGAAUCACAUUCCAAAUUCAUGAGCGAACAUUCGAGAGCCAAGUCGAUGUACGAACAUAAUGUGGAAGAUUCUGAAGCCUUACGAGCAGAAUACAGAAGACCCAGGGAUGUAUUGUUAUCAUUGGUUGGAGAAUUUAUUUGUAGAGCCAGUUACAGACUUAACGACAUUCACAAAAAGAAUAACCAAGAGGGAAAAGGCAUAGAAUUACUGGAUGUAAGAUCCCACAUUAGACUGACAGAUAUAGCUCACAGUUUGCUAAAAGUAUCCCCAUACGAUCCAGAAUCCAUGGGUUGCAGAGGAUUGCAGCAUUACAUGAACUACAUUUUGCCAUCUACGGAAUGGGCUAACGAUGCCAUGAGGCCAGCAUUAGUGACGAUCUUAAGAAGAUUGGAUAAGGUUUUUCAGAAAAUUUGCAAGAAACCUUCAAUUAGAAGGAACAUCGACUGGGAUGCAGCAGCAGGAUUAUUAAAGGGACUGUAUGAAACAAUUUUAAUUCAUUCAUACAUUAUCCACUGGCAGCACAUAAAGGCCUUUAUUAAUACUUGUCAGGUCUUAAUCGUUGGAGAAGGUUGUACAACAGAUGGUGGUGUUUCUUCAGCCACAGCAGCGUUAAUGAACCAAACUCCGCCCCCGCACUUUUGCUCCAUGGUAGUUCGUCUGAUUGCAGUACAGAUUUUAAAUAGCGACGAAAUGUAUACUCUUGAAAACGUUUGCGGAAAUGCACCUUCAUCUAGCCAUCCGAAUCAGGAGAAAACCGAAAACAUGAUAAUGAAUCUUAUAAUGCCCCUCUGCCUGCGAGUUGGAAGCGGUCGAGAUGAUACAGGUGCUUUAAAAAGGUCCGACAUUAGUUUUGCAUUAAAUUUGGUUCUAAAUGCUAUUAGCCCACCCAGCACGAAAGCCACAGCGACGGCUGUACAAAACAUCAAAGCCGUCACAGAAAUAAGGGCUGGGAGUCUCACGUUCACUGGUACACGGGAUGCCAAAACUUCUGCAAAAAUCAACACUUCACUAUACAGAGUUGCUUUUCUUGCAUUGAAAAUAAUGACCAUUUGUUUCGAGGGUGAAUUAGUUCAUGACUGGAAUAGAAUUUCUCGAACUAUGAGAGAGCUAGGUAAACGAAACGAGGCAGCUAAAUUCCUGUGGGACUUCCUUGAUUUUAUCGUCACCUACAGGACACCCUUAUUUAUUCUUAUGCAGCCACUCAUUUUUCAAAAGCUAACUCAACCUCCAAUAUCAGACUUCGAGAGAAACGUUCAUAACAGAAUUCGAGAAAAAAUUCGAGGUAUAGGGCUUCCACUACCUAAAGGAAGGGGCGCACUUCUACUAGAACUGGCACGGGAAAUGAAGGAGCUAAAGGAAGAAUUAGAAGACACGUCUGAGAGCACAACAAGUGCAAAGAAGUCAGAACCAACGCAGCCAUCAAUACAUAUGACCAGCGAAGUGCCAGUAACAAGACACCAAAGGCCUUCUUUAAUAGAAUUCCUCACAGGAAGCGAUCUCAGCGGAAGGCACAGUUCCAGGACAUCAAGUGACCAUCACCUCAAUGUUCAACAACCGCAGAAAGAGUCGUCUUCAAGUACAAGCUAUGGCUCAACACCUAAUCAGGGAAAUACUAGUUUAAGUGAAGCACAAGAAGCUGUAAUUAACGAAUGUUCCACAACCCCUUAUUACGGUGCAACGGAUCGUUCUCAUCAUUCUUCCACUAGCGAUGAUCAUUUUACACAUAAAUUUGACCCUCAACAGAAGCCACACAAAUUGCGUUUUGUUUCUUCUGUAGAACUUAGACAUUCCUCAGGGGAGACUUCGACUACACCGCUAAGUCCUGGAAGUCCCGCAGAUGAGAGUUCUGGCGAAAACCAAACAAAUAAACACCGUCUUCAACGCACCAAAGCACAAAGUCGAAGAACAUUUAGAUUACGCAGAAGCCGAAAAAAUCGCAUAGAAGUAUCCCACACCGACGUCGAACAAGAAAAAGCCCUUCCAUCCGCUCCCGUUCACCAUGCUCCUCAACAGCAGCCACCUCUGCAAACAGUCGUAGUUCAAAAAGAGACCCACGUAUUUUCUGAAACCCCAAUCACUACAGUCACAAUGCAGCAUCAACAACAACAACAAAAACAACAACAGCAACAGCAGUUGCAACAACAACCACAGCAACAACAAUCACAGCAGCUGCAACAGCAGCCUUCCACCGUUGAUCCGCACCAUUUACGUAUUUCCACACGCCGUCCGACAGAAGGAUCUUGGGAUGAAGACAGCGCCAUCUCACAAACGUCAAGCAUAUCGGGUUAUCGUGAAUCGUAUCCAGUUGUACAUUUAAAAGAAUCACUCGAUUCUAGUCCCAAAGCGUUUCCUCCACUCGCAUCCCCCGAUAUUCACGAUCUGCCAUCAACUAGUAGUGCCGCAACGAAUUGUAUUCAAGGGGACAACAGCUCUCCUGAAUGUUCCCUGAACGAUAACGGAGAAAGAACGGCACUUUUAACUCCCACCGAGAGAUCGUCAUCUCCGCAUUCACUAAUCAUGAUGUUCGACCCGCAGGACGAGACGACGUUAAUUUAACAUUAACUGUACGAAUUCAAACACCAGCCAAUGAUAUUUCAACAAAAUACCAAAUGAUGGAAAAGCUAACCCGUUGUCAUUUUAUUAUAAGGACUAUAUUAUUACAUGUAAAAAUUAAACUAGCAGUGAUAAGAAAUUCUUCUUAUACAUUACAGGAAAAUCUUCUAGAAAAGAUUUUGAUAACCACUGAAGAAACAUUUAAUGACUAAGACUAUUUUUGUUUUGAUAUAUACUGGAUGAUCGUCACUGAUAGGUUAUUGUGGGACAAUGAAGAUAACAAGUCGUCAUUUGUAAGAUAAGUACAGUCAGUCACAAUGUUCGUGUAAUAUAUAUUUAUGAAAAUAAAGUUAGGUUAGGUCAACUAUUAUUUUGAAAGGAGGCAAUUGGUGCUGUGAUCAGAAGUUUGUCAAAUUACCAAAUGUCAACGCUAAGCCGCAAACAAGCAUUCGUGUCCCACCAUUUAUUUACGGUUCUUUUUUAAGUGCAGUGAACAGUGUAGAUGGAGCAGCAUCUGUACGAACCAUAUAAACGAUAUAGAUCACCUAAUUUCAUUGUGAUUUUAUCCAUAAAAGGUUUAUAUGAGGUGGAUUGAGAAGUCUUUAAAUGAAACAGUAAAUAUACUCUUUUAAAAUCCGCUUUAUUUUUCUACAUUAUUUCCUUUUGAUUCAAUGCACUUGUUAUAACGUUCUUCCAAUUUCAAUAACAGUUUUUUAACUACUCAAAAUAAGCGUUUCCUUCAGCUACUACGUCAUCAUUUGACCAAAAUCUCUUUUCACCAAGUCAUUCAUUAAUGUUUGGGCGUAGAAAAUCACAAGAGGCUAGAUAAUGUUAAUAUGGCGAAUGGGGAAAUAAUUCGUACCCAAUCCAUUCAAUUUUAGCAAUGUUUCCGUGAUGAAUGUGAUGGUGCAUUAUCCUAAUGAAAGAGCAUAUACUUUCUUCAAAUGUGAUGUGGUUGUUUUUCCUUCGAUCUUUUAUCCAUAGUGCUCAAUAAUGAUCCACAAUACUUACUUGUGAUUCUUUAACCCUUCUCAAGAUAGUGCACUGUGCAUCCCAAAAGACAAUGGUUAUAACCUUAUAAGCUGAUACUGCAAUCUUUGUUUUUUUGGACAACUUGUACCAGCUUUUGCUCACUAUUUUGAUCCAUAGUAAUCAAUCCAUAUUUUAUCAACCGUUAUGAAUCGAUGCAAAAAUUCAGUUGGAUCUCGCUAAAACAUAUCCAAACAUUGCAUAAAAAGCUUUUUUAUAUGCAACUCUUCAUCCAUGAGGCGUUAACUAUGUCAGUAAUGUGAGGCGACGAUUAUUUAUAGCAAUUUCGUUGACUUUUUUGACCAUUUCUGAGGUUGUCAUCUCUUUUUGACUUCCUGAACGUUCAGCAUCACUUAGGCUUGUGAGGUCACUCUUAAAUUUAUUUACCUGAUUAUAAGUAAUUAAAAUUGAACGUUCACAUGUUCAUCUGAUGUUGUAUUCAUUUGAUCAAUGAUUUCUUUUGGUUUUAAGUCCUUUAAAUGAUAGCAUUUAAUCACUAAACGAUAUUCAUUAUUUUCCAUGUUUUAAAAAAGUCAAAAGUACACUUUACCAUAAACAUAGAGAAUAGACUACGCAAUCUCUAUCUAGCUAUAAAGUAAAAGCAGGAAAAAACGUAUGAGAACAAUAGUUGUCUUUCUGAAAUUUUGAUUGGUGUACGUCACGGUCUUGCAAGAGCUGAUGAAUGAGGUAAAGAUAAAGGAAAGGAGACAGAUAUUGACACACGGUUGUUUUCACUCAUUCUAGAGAGUGCUCAAUUUCAUGAGGGUGUUGCUAAGUCUAUUCUCUAUGUCUAUGAAUAUAACAUAUUUCAAAACAAAUGUAAUUAUUAGAUGCAUGGAUGUCACCAUUCUAAACACUUCUCAAUCUAUCCGUGUGUGUUUUGCUUACAAACUAUGUAUCCUUUCCCACAAUUUAACAAAAAAAAAGCUAAAAAUUUUCUGGAGUAACACUCCCACAAAUUUUAGCUACUAGCCGCCACUGUUAUCAAUCGUUGUUAGCAAACGACAAGCAUGGAGUCAUUAUAAUCCUUAAUUUAUUUCUGAGUUCCCACCUUAUAUUAAACUUCUAGUCCGAAUAUUUUCAAUUUACAUACCUCAGUUAUACAUACAUAUACAUAAUAUGUGUAUAUAUAAAAAUCAAAUAUUUCAGUAUUAUAACUGUGUCUGUUUAUAUUGCAUUGCCCUGCAGAAGUAAAGUUGGCCCAGUUAAUCAAAAUUAAUACAAUUUUAUUGUAAUAUCAAAAUUACUUACGUAUCAAAUUAAAUUUUAACUGUGUAAUAAAAAGAGGACAACUACAGGCCUGACGCUGGAAGCUGGCGGAAAUUUUAAAAUGGUGUGGAUGCGCGGUGGCAA